AUGGAGGUGGGCAAUGCAUUGCAGUAUUUAUUGAUAGGCUACAAAAUAUCGUUCAUCGCUGGGUUACUUUGCUUAGUUAUUGCAAAAUGCUUUCUGCCUGAGUUCCUUCAAUAUGGUAAAACACUAAGUGCCAGAGCAGAGGAACGAGACGGAAGAUUAAUCUCCCUUUCUGGACUUGUCUAUUUAACUAUGCCAAAAUCAUCUUUCUCUCAUUUUUAUUAUCUCUCGUCGGCACUGUCGAUCAUUACUCUGACUACUUACCCACGUUCGUCACUUACAUGGUUAAUAUUACUACACUCACUAAGAAGACUCUAUGAAACCAAAUAUGUUUCUAAAUAUGCAGCUCAUUCCCGAAUGAACUGGUCGCAUUACGUGGUAGGUCUGUGGUUUUACGCAAGUUUACAUUUGAUAUUGAAUGCCAAGCUUGCAUCCAACAGUAUCCCGGUGUCAUUGAACCCAGUCGCAACAUUGAUUUUUUUGAUGGCGUCAAUUGAACAAUACAAGAAUCAUCAUAUCUUGUCUAACCUAACUAAAUACAGUCUCCCCGAGAAGGGUAUGUUCACAAUUGUUUGCUGUCCGCAUUACUUGGACGAGAUUCUCAUCUACGUCUCUUUGGUCGUUUACAAUCGCGAGUUCGCCUGGCCAUUAAUAUGGGUAGCAUUAACUCUCACUACGUCUGCUCUCGAAACUCAAAAAUACUAUAACGCCAAGUUCAAAGACACAAACCGUAUACCCUCAUACGCCAUUGUGCCUUAUGUUGUGUAA